AUGAACUGGGAGUAUGAGUACGAGCCUGGCUCUGAUUCGGACCCCGAAGAUGACUUUAGCCACAACAAGACGGCCAGGAAGAUGAAGAAGGCGGCUGGCCUGGCGACGGCGAGGGGCGCGACUGGGAUCGGAAAAGGUUUGAGAGACUACUUGACCAGGGGAAUGAUGCGCACCCUACUUGAGAGCAGCAGCGACCCUUUCCAGUCCAGUCAGUAG